GGUCCUUCCUUUUCUAGCCGACUUGGCUGAAGUCUACCCAGGGCUACACUGACGGACUUUAUUGAAGUUUCUGCCGCGGUGCCCCCCAAGUCCUGACAUGGCCCCCAGCACGCAGCUAAAGGAGGCGAUAGCCGAUGUGCAGGACGGCAUUCGUGCCAUCCUGCUUGGACCUCCUGGAGCCGGGAAAGGGACUCAGGCCCCUCGGCUAGCAGAGAAAUACUGCGUUUGCCACCUGGCGACUGGAGACAUGCUGAGGGCCAUGGUGGCUUCAGGCUCCGAGCUCGGCAAGAGGCUGAAGGAGACGAUGGAUUCUGGCAAACUGGUCAGUGAUGAGAUGGUCGUGGAGCUCAUAGAGAAGAACCUUGAGUCGCCGGCCUGCAGGAACGGAUUCCUGUUGGAUGGAUUCCCCCGAACAGUCAAACAAGCAGAGAUGCUGGACGACUUGUUGGACAAGAGAGACGAGAAGCUGGACUCUGUGAUCGAGUUCUCCGUCGAUGAUUCUCUGCUGGUUCGCAGGAUCUGUGGCAGACUAAUUCAUCAGCCGAGCGGCCGCUCCUACCAUGAGGAGUUCAACCCCCCCAAAGAGCCCAUGAAGGAUGACGUGACGGGUGAACCGCUGAUCCGCCGCAGCGACGACAAUGAGAAGACCCUGCGCUCGCGCCUGGAAGCCUACCACCGGCAGACGUCCCCUCUGGUGCAGUACUACAGUGCCAGGGGUCUGCACACGGCCGUCGACGCUGCCCAGAGCCCAAACGUCGUCUUCGCCUCCAUCGUAGCAGCGUUCUCCACCGCCACGGAAAUGCCCGCUCGUGCCACAGCCUCUGGUUGAGUUCAGAGCUGCUCCAUGCCCACCGAGGUGAAGGACUGGAGCUGGCAAACAGCUCAGGUGGGCAGAAAAACGGAGGGGAGGGUCAGGCAAUAAGAGGGGACUCCUUAGACUGAAUAAGUUAAGGUUGCUUUUGGGUUUUUGCUGCACAUUUCUAUUUCAAGUAGAUCAUGACAGGAAUAAACAAAGCCAUCUUGUUGUCACAAUCCUCAUGUUUUCCCUUCUAAUAAAUUUCCUGCUUUUCUACAAUCAUCAAA